AUGGAGGUGAUGGCAAAGGGCUUCUUCGAUGGUUCUGCGAUGGAGGUUGGUGUAAAUGGGAUGGGGUGUGCGAUGGGGUGUGUCUGCAAGAGGAGAGAAUUUUCGGUGGGGUGUGGCUGGAUAUUAGAUGGGGUGGGGUUUGAUUUCAGAUGGGGUGUGGCUGAAAGGGAAAGGGGUUUUCGGUGGGUGGUUAGGGAAUGA